UGCUAUAUUUAGGAAACCACCCUGUGCUUUAUAAAGAGAUCGCAGUGGUUUCUGGUAAAGGUUCUUGAAUUUGGAGACAGGAUCGGCUUACGGAACAAGUCUGUUCACUCUCAUUCAGAGUACAAAAGCAGUGAGAGUGAGUACAGCGAGAUCAUCUGUGUUUUGGAUGCUACAUUUAAGCGAGAGUUAGGGAAAAGGGCAGGAAUGGCAGACAUACGGAAGAAACUUGUCGUGGUGGGGGACGGUGCGUGUGGGAAGACAUGUCUACUGAUUGUUUUCAGCAAAGACGAGUUUCCUGAGGUGUAUGUUCCGACUGUGUUUGAGACAUAUGUGGCGGACAUAGAAGUGGAAAACAAGCAAGUCCAGCUAGCUUUGUGGGACACAGCUGGGCAGGAGGACUACGACCGGCUGCGCCCUCUCUCCUAUCCGGACACCGAUGUCAUUCUGAUGUGCUUCUCCGUGGACAGCCCAGACUCGUUGGAAAACAUCCCUGAAAAGUGGGUCCCUGAAGUCAAACACUUUUGUCCUAAUGUGCCCAUUAUAUUAGUGGCCAACAAGAAAGAUCUGCGCAACGACGAGAACGUGAAGAACGAGCUGUCCCGGCUGAAACUGGAGCCAGUGAAAACAGAGGAUGGCCGUGCCAUGGCCAUGCGCAUUGGCGCAUAUGACUAUUUGGAGUGCUCUGCCAAAACCAAGGAGGGGAUCUGGGAGGUAUUCGAAACCGCAACACGGGCAGCCUUACAAAAACGAAAAAUACCAUCAAAAAGUUGUCUCAAAUGCUGUGUUUUGAUGUGAAUCGACGCUGUCUGGAGAACCGGGAAGCGCAGACAAGACGUUUCCACCGCUGGGAUCCGUGUCUGAACAUGUAUGGGGCAGUGACCAUGGUUUGGACACUCCCUUGUAAUCAGACGACCUUGGCUGAACCAAAACGAAUGACUGCAAACAAGUUGUUUUGUACACACUUAAUAAUCCUCUGAUAUCGGGGUGUGUGCAGUUAUUGGUUACAGCAUGUUCUUUGUGGGUCACAUGAUCCCAGUCUGACAGGUGGAGGGGUAAAAAGGGCAACCCGCUACAUUUCAGUGGACGCCUUAUUUAUCUCCUUAUAAUAUGGACACGGACUUUCCAAAAGACUCCUUUCGAGCCAAGAUUUCAGUUGCUCACUUUUUUGUGUUUCAAAGUGUUUGCGUAGGCCACUGCCUUACUGCCAAGGUUAUACUUUGUAUUAAGCAAAGCAGUAGAAAAAAUUGCACUUGUUAUUUAUGUCCACUUUGUAUUGUAAAAUGACUGUAUUUAGUUAGGGAAAUUGCACAGCAUCUGGACACUACAGUAAUUUACAGAACGUUUUAUAAAAAGCAGGAGUCAGUGCAAGGAUGCCCAUGGUGUUCUGUAUAGUCUCUUCUGAUGUUUUUUCGCCAUUUUGAAUAAACACAUAGCUUAAGUUUACAGUUAAAGAAAUCAGAUGUCUCAGGUUUAUUGGUUGGAACCACAUCCAAAAAGUGUGUUUUAUGACUCCACAGUAUUAAAUGCUUAGUUUAGUUUUUAUGCAACAGACCAAAUACCAUCACAUGUCUAAGAGACUACACAUUGGCCAGUCUUGAAAAGAGCUAACCAUAUUGUCCAGUGUAGUUUUGCAAGUUUUUUUUUGGGAGGACAUUCAUGAAAUGGGUGCUUUUUGAGCAUGGAUUAUAAAACAAUGAAGGAAAAAGUUGCGCACAUACAUUGUAGCCUGUAAAUAGUACAACCAGCAUAGGACGGGAAAUGUUUUUUUCCUUACAGCUCACCUGAACCAAAUCAUUUGAAGCACAUAAACUAUCUCACCAUGUUACUGAACUCUGAAAUCCAGGUCUAGCUAUCUCAGAAGCUGGCAUAUCUCAGUUGUCUCAAAGACUUGGAAGACCAGCUUGAUAUUUUCUAUUUAGCUACAGCUUCAUUUAUAGUUAUGUGGGUGAUAUUUCCAAGAGAAGACUGAGCAUGUGAGGUGGUUUAGCAUGUGAGUGUUUUGCUCAGCGGAACACGUUUUCUUAGAAAGUGUCAUGAAAAGAAGAGUGGGCUUGUCAGAGCUCUAUGAGCCAGUUGCACACUCUCAUAUGGGAUUAAGCCAUCUGAUGGAAAUUAAAACAUUUGAUGGAAAUGUAUCAUAUGUUAUGUAUUUAAAACCACAAUCUUAUAAUAAUUACACAAACUUAAACAAAAGGGUAUCCCUUUGACUAAAACACUUGACAAAAACUAAAUGUAAAGUACUGAUUUUUUUCUGAAGCUGUAAAAUGUUUGUUUGCAGCAGUAACACGGAAUGUGUGAAACACAAAAAAUCAAAAUUGUCCAUCGUAAUGUCUUCCAUUAUGACCAUGAAUGUAUCUGAAAUUUAUUUGGUCAAAAAUAUUGUUGGCUCUUUGAAGUUAGCGACAGAAAUCAUUGUAUUUGAGCUAAUUUCCCAUUCUUGUCUAAUAAAUUCAGCUCAUGUUUGAUCUGUGUCUACACAAAAGUGUUGUGUUGCUGUCCUCUUACACGAUGGUGGGAGAACUUGUACAAAUGACAGCUAUGGACAUCAAUUACAGAGAAAGACUUGCCGCACUGGAUGUAUUAUGCACAUUAUUCUUUUAGUGAUAACUGGAGACAAAAAAGCUAAAUUUCACAACAUUUAAACCUGUCAUUUUUCUGUGGUUCAGUAAGCAGGCAUAAUAAAUAUCAAUCAGAGUUUAAAAGAGUACCUUUUAUAAAUCCAACCAGAGUUACAAUGGUGUAAAAGUCACAUUCCUCCCUGCCUUCUGUUGCUGGGCUUUUUGCUGACUUACAGGACAGGAAUGCAUUGUGCUGGACUGGUUAAUUUUCCCACACUGGACCCCCUCAUGUGCCUCUGAUUUCCAAUGUUGUUAGGUUAUUAUUCAUUUAUCAGACAGUGCAGUUUUUUCAUUUUUUUUAUUUUACUUGUUUUAGAAGAAAGAAAUUUAUGGAAUCAUGGAGAAGAAAAAUUAUGAAAAUGUGCCAAAUAUUUUUUUGUUCAUAAGGGAUUUGAAGGUUUGAAUGGUAGAUUGGGAACAAUGGACAUUUUUGUAAGGAAAAACAAUCCAGAAUGUAAGGGAACAAGCGGUACUGUUUUGGGAAAGUCAAUAAAAGAAUCAGUGUUACCACCUCUA